AUGGACGAAGCCAAAGAAGGAUAUGGUGAAAGCAACAAUGAGGGUUUCUUGGGCGAGGAAGAAGAUGAUGAUUACAAGGACUUUUACAAUGACGUCAAUUUCAAUGAAGGGUUUCUUCAAUUGUUGCGCAAGAACGACAAUUCAGGGUUCCGAAAUGGCGACGUCAAAGAAAAUAAGCCUUUAUUGUUGUCGUCGGGGUUUAUGCUGCAGUUAUUUGGUUCAAGAUUCCUAAAUUUCAAGAUUUUGGGGGUUGCUUUUAUUGAGGAAGCAUUUGUGUAUUCACAAGAUAAGAUUUAUGAUUUUGAGAUGAAGCUAAUGGACAUUGACAAUGAGCACCUUGGGAUUCCAGAGUGGUUUGUUAAUGUUUGA